UCAGCAACAGCUGCCUUGGAGCGUGAACUGGCUAGGAGAAGUGGAAAAUAACGUUCUCUGCGAAAGACUUGAAGAAGGACAUAAUUAACGGGCUAAUUAUUGGCUUCUUUGGAAAUAUAUACAUUUUAACUGCGAAAGACCCCUGUUGAGAGACCCCGGUGUGGUCAUACCUCUUCGCAAUGCGAAGAUGGCCAGCCUGCUCCCUCCCACAGGCACCCAUGUGUUCCGCCGCUUCACCCCCGAAUCGCUGGCGGAGAUCGAGAGGCGCAUGGAGGAGAACAAGCUGAAGGAGGCGGAGGGAGAGGUCCAGGAGGCGCUCGCGCCCAGCAGUGACCUGGAGGCAGGCAAGAACCUGCCGAUGAUCUACGGAGAUCCUCCGCCAGAGAUGCUUAACGAUCCCCUGGAAGACCUGGACCCGUACUACAAGUCACAGAAAACAUUUAUUGUCAUCACCAAAGGGAAUACAAUCUACAGGUUCAAUGCGGAGCCUUCCAUGUACAUUCUCAGCCCCUUUAGCCCUCUGAGGAGAGGAUCAAUCAAAAUUCUCAUACAUUCAUUAUUUAGCAUGUUCAUCAUGAUCACCAUUCUGUCAAAUUGUGUGUUCAUGACGAUGAGUAAACCGCCACCAUGGAGUAAAACUGUUGAGUACGUUUUUACUGGUAUUUAUACCUUUGAGGCGACAGUCAAAAUGCUGUCGAGAGGCUUUGUCGUUGGACCUUUUACAUUCCUUCGAGAUCCAUGGAACUGGCUGGAUUUCAUGGUGAUCAGCAUGGCGUACAUCACAGAGUUUGUUGAUCUGGGAAACGUCUCAGCCCUCAGGACGUUCCGUGUGCUUCGAGCUCUAAAAACAAUCACUGUUAUUCCUGGAUUGAAAACUAUUGUGGGAGCUCUCAUCCAGUCGGUGAAGAAGAUGGUGAAUGUGAUGAUCCUGACUGUGUUUGCCCUUGCUGUCUUCGCCCUCAUCGGCCUGCAGCUGUUCAUGGGAAACCUGCGCCAUAAGUGUAUUCGCUGGCCCCUUGUGAACGACACUUUGGUCAACGACUUCAAUUCCACCAUGUCCAUCAAUGAUACCAUGGCCUUCAACAUCACCGCCAGCACCAACAGCACAUUCGAUUUCAAGGCAUACAUCAACAAUGAAGAAAACUUCUACUAUAAUGGCGGUUUAGAUCCCCUUCUUUGUGGAAACGGCUCAGAUGCUGGAAAGUGCCCUGAAGGAUAUACAUGCAUGAAGGCUGGAAGGAACCCCAACUAUGGCUACACAAGCUAUGACUCCUUCGGCUGGGCUUUUCUGGCUCUCUUCCGCCUCAUGACACAGGACUACUGGGAGAACCUCUUCCAGCUGACAUUACGUGCAGCAGGAAAGACCUACAUGAUCUUUUUUGUGGUUGUCAUCUUCUUGGGCUCCUUCUACCUCAUCAACCUAAUUCUUGCUGUGGUGGCCAUGGCCUAUGAUGAACAGAAUGAAGCCACAAUGGCUGAGGCCAAGGAGAAGGAGGAGGAGUUUCAAAGGUUUCUGGAGCAACUGAAGCAACAGGAUACACACGUGCACCUUAGUGACAGCAAUUCAUCGCUGGCCAGUAAAAAAGACAAAAAGGGGGAGGGCGGGUCAGAACAUAACUUUGCUGAUGAUGAGCAGAGCCUUGGGGAGGAUGGUGAAGUCAUAAAAGACCGCAGUGGGAAAAUUGUGCCCAGAUUUGUCAUCGACAAAGCAUCUUCAGAGGAAGAGUCUGCUGCAGAGGAAACCGACAGCAAUGAAGAGAAGUCCAAUGGCUCCAAACACAGUAUGAUGUUUCUGGAAGAGCCUGGCCUGACCAAGAAGUCUGCUAGCAAAAUGAGCGUCUUAUCUACUGCCAUAGAAGAACUCGAAGAUGCCCAGAGGCCAUGUCCUCCAGGAUGGUACAAGUUUGCUAACACAUUCCUGAAAUGGAAUUGCUGUCCACUCUGGAUCACCUUCAAAAAGUGGGUCUACUUUGUGGUGAUGGACCCCUUUGUGGACUUGGGCAUCACCAUAUGCAUCGUCCUCAACACCCUCUUCAUGGCUAUGGAGCACUACCCAAUGAGCAAAGAAUUUGAUCAUAUGCUGUCUGUGGGAAACCUGGUUUUCACAGGGAUCUUCACAGCUGAGAUGGUUUUCAAACUCAUCGCUAUGGACCCAUACUACUACUUCCAGGUUGGGUGGAAUGUUUUUGACAGCAUCAUUGUCACGCUGAGUCUGGUGGAGCUGGGGCUAGCCAAUGUCCAAGGCCUAUCUGUUCUGAGGUCUUUCCGUUUGCUGCGUGUUUUCAAGCUGGCCAAGUCUUGGCCUACCCUUAACAUGCUGAUCAAGAUCAUCGGGAACUCCGUGGGCGCCCUGGGCAACUUAACCUUGGUGCUCGCCAUCAUCGUCUUCAUCUUCGCUGUGGUGGGCAUGCAGCUGUUUGGCAAGAGCUACCAGGAGUGCGUGUGCAAGAUCGCCGAGGACUGCGAGCUGCCCCGGUGGCACAUGAACGACUUCUUCCACUCCUUCCUGAUCGUGUUCCGCAUCCUGUGCGGGGAGUGGAUCGAGACCAUGUGGGACUGCAUGGAGGUGGCUGGAACAGCCAUGUGUCUCAUCGUAUUCAUGAUGGUCAUGGUCAUCGGAAAUCUGGUGGUCCUGAACCUCUUCUUGGCCUUGCUUCUGAGUUCGUUCAGUGGGGACAACUUGGCAGGGGGAGACGAUGAGGGGGAGAAUAACCUGCAAAUUGCCAUUGGCAGGAUCACCAGGGGUAUCGACUGGGCAAAGGCUUUUAUUGCCAGGAAAAUCAGGCAUAUGCUGGGCAAGAAAGACCCUGAGGGUGGUGACAAUGGCGAUGAGGAUGAUGCAAAAAAAGAGAGUUUUGCGCUGAACCACAUGGAUUCCGGAGAGGACCCCAAGACAGACUUCAAAAUGGUGGAUGGUGUGGCAAACUCCACAGAUGAAGUUUAUCCCAGCAUGUUUAUGGUCAAAGCUGACGUGCCCCUCAAAGUUCCCAUUGCUCGGGUGGAGUCUGAUUUAGAAAAUCCUGAGGAUGAGGAUGAGGAUGAGGAUGAGGAUGAGUCCUCCUCCUCCGAAGAUGAAGCAGAUAUCAAUCACUCAAGAAAACUUCUUGGUGCCCUUGAUGAAUCAUCAGAAUGCAGUACAGUGGACUAUGUGCCUCCAGAGCCAGAGAAGGAGGAAGAGGAGGAGGAAGAACCAGAGCCGGAAGACCCCCAGGCCUGUUUCACAGAAGGUUGCAUCAAACGUUGGCCUUUCCUGGACGUGGACAUCACACAGGGCAAAGGGAAGAAAUGGUGGAACCUUCGGAGAGCCUGUUUCACCAUUGUGGAACACGACUACUUUGAGACCUUCAUCAUCUUCAUGAUUCUCCUGAGCAGCGGAGCCUUGGCCUUUGAAGACAUAUACAUAGAACGCCGCAGAACCAUAAAAAUCAUCCUGGAAUAUGCAGACAAAGUCUUCACCUACGUAUUUGUUAUUGAAAUGCUCCUAAAAUGGGUUGCUUAUGGAUUUAAGACAUAUUUUACUAAUGCUUGGUGCUGGCUGGACUUCCUGAUUGUAGAUGUUUCCUUGAUCAGUUUGACAGCAAACCUAAUGGGAUAUUCUGAGCUGGGACCCAUCAAAUCUCUGAGAACACUGAGGGCCUUGAGGCCCCUCAGAGCUCUGUCCAGAUUCGAGGGGAUGAGGGUGGUGGUGAACGCACUGGUGGGGGCCAUUCCCUCCAUCUUCAAUGUGCUGUUGGUGUGCCUCAUCUUCUGGCUUAUAUUCAGCAUCAUGGGGGUUAACCUGUUUGCCGGGAAGUUUUAUCGAUGCAUCAACACCACCAGCGAGGAGGUAUUCCCUAUUAGUGUGGUUAACAACAAGAGCGACUGCUUGGCCCUCCUGCACACCAAUGAGGUGCGCUGGGUGAACGUCAAGGUGAACUACGACAACGUGGGCCUGGGUUACCUCUCCUUACUGCAAGUGGCAACAUUCAAAGGUUGGAUGGACAUUAUGUAUGCAGCUGUGGAUUCACGUGAGGUCGAGGAUCAGCCUGAUUAUGAGAUCAAUCUCUACAUGUACCUGUACUUUGUCAUCUUCAUCAUUUUUGGGUCUUUUUUCACACUUAACCUUUUCAUUGGUGUUAUUAUUGACAACUUCAAUCAGCAAAAGAAAAAGUUCGGAGGGAAAGACAUCUUCAUGACAGAGGAACAGAAGAAAUACUACAAUGCAAUGAAGAAACUUGGCUCUAAGAAACCAGUGAAACCCAUUCCAAGACCGUCGAAUGAAAUCCAAGGAAAAGUGUAUGACUUCAUCACCCAACAGUUCUUUGACAUCUUCAUCAUGGUGCUGAUCUGCCUCAACAUGGUGACCAUGAUGGUAGAAACAGAUGACCAGAGUCCAGAGAAGGAGAAUGUUCUCUACCUAAUCAACUUGAUAUUCAUUGUGAUUUUUACUGGAGAGUGUCUCCUGAAGAUGUUUGCUCUAAGACAAUAUUUCUUCACCGUUGGAUGGAAUAUUUUUGAUUUUAUUGUGGUCAUCCUGUCAGUAGUGGGUAUCAUGCUAUCGGACAUCAUAGAGAAGUACUUUGUGUCACCCACCCUUUUCAGAGUCAUCAGACUGGCUAGAAUAGGUCGUGUCCUGCGUCUUAUUCGGGGAGCCAAGGGUAUCCGAACGCUGCUGUUUGCUUUAAUGAUGUCACUUCCUGCUCUCUUCAACAUUGGUCUUCUCCUCUUUUUAAUCAUGUUCAUUUUCUCCAUAUUUGGGAUGUCCAACUUUGCAUAUGUCAAAAAACAGGCUGGGGUUGACGACAUGUUCAAUUUUGAGACGUUCGGCAAUAGCAUUAUUUGCCUUUUUGAGAUCACCACCUCUGCUGGUUGGGAUGGGCUCCUGCUUCCCAUGCUGAACAGUGGGCCACCAGACUGUGACCCUGAUGUAGAGAACCCAGGGUCUGAAGUCAGAGGGAAUUGUGGGAAUCCUCUUAUGGGCAUCAUAUUCUUCUGCAGCUACAUCAUCAUGUCCUUCCUUGUAGUGGUCAACAUGUACAUUGCCAUCAUCCUAGAGAAUUUCAACGUGGCCCAAGAGGAGAGCGGGGAUCUCCUCUGUGAGGAUGACUUUGAGAUGUUCUACGAGACUUGGGAGAAGUUUGAUCCGGACGCAAGCCAGUUUAUAAAGUAUGAGCAAGUGUCAGACUUCUGUGAUGCCUUGUUGGAUCCUCUGAGGAUUCCAAAACCAAACAAGCAAAAACUGAUAGCCAUGGACCUUCCGAUGGUAUCUGGAGACAGAUUCCAUUGUCUGGACAUACUGGUUGCCCUCACAAUGGAGGUUUUGGGUGACACGUUAGAGAUGGUUGCCAUGAAGGAGAGCAUGGAGGCAAAGUUUAUCAUAAACAAUCCCUCCAAUUCAUCUUUUGAGCCAAUCACCACCACUCUGAGGCGCAAGGAGGAAGAGAUGGCAGUUGUUGUGAUUCAAAGGGCCUAUCGUGGACAUCUGAUAAAGAGGUCCAUCAAACAGGCUUCCUAUAUGCACCGCUCCAAGGCUGCUGUGAGGAAAGGGAAUGAUGACCCACCAGAAACAGAGGGAUUGAUUGCCAGAAAGAUGAAAGCACUCUAUGGAAGCCAGGCCCUUGAUGAUGACCCUGAUUCUCCACGCUCCGUAGAACCCGGAGUAAUGUGGCCUCCCCUUUCCACUGAGGAGCCGCAAUUUGUGGUUCCUGUGGAAGUCACUAAUGAGGUGGUCUUGCACUCAGCCCCUUCCCGUCACCCCUUAACAUCAGAGAGCAACAUCAGGGAGUCCAUCGUAUAACAGACAGCACUUGAGAAAGUUGUCCAUUGGAAGAUUGGCACUAGUUAAAGUGAGUUGUUAGGGAGAGAGACCGCAGUGUCUUGGCAACACGGCUAACACCUCGCAUGGCACUAAUUGAAAGGGAUUGCACUUAGCUGAUAGAUCACAUACUUGGGAGUGUGAUAAAUACAGAAAUUGGGUUUGUUGAAAGACAGGGCUAUCUGCUGGAAUUCUUUUUUUAAAGCCUUUGAUCAACUUCGGCCUGGAUUGGUAAUUCAAAACCAGUCUGAGAGCAAUAAACUGUGCCUGAAAUGGUUUUUAUUACCACUUAAGUCAAUGAUGAUUUCAUUUUAUGAACAGAAAUUAUUUAUCGUUUUUCUGGGUAAAAAUUUUAAGAAAAUGGUACCUUUAUCAGAAGAACCCACAUAGCAUAUAUGGUAAGCUUUUAAGAAAUAGGUCUACAUACUGUACCAGUGAAGUAUUAUCUAUAAACCUAUCAAGGGCAAAUACCUCCAGGUCCAAAUGGCCAGAACAACAAAAGCACAACAAAAGUUCCAUCACACCUUCAGCAAUGCCCACUCCUCAUUCCCAUUAUAAAUAGCACCUUCUAUCACCCAAACAAACAGAAACUUAAAAAACAUUUCAAGGUUCAUUUGCAACUUUGAAUGAAAAAAGUACCAGGGGAUGUAAUUGUCAAUUGUACAACUACAGCAGCAUAGCCAUAUAACUUUUGAUGUUCUAUUGUGAAAUGAAGGGCUCUUCUACAAAGGGCUCAUUUUGUUUGCCCAAAUGUAAAAUGAAUCCCUGAACACUGCUCUCUACUUUUCAUGCUGUAUGAAACUCCAAAGCUAAAACCAGUCACUGUGAAGGUAAUGCCCAAUGUCACAACUGUCGUAGUGUUUUAUUAAUUAACAAAUUGGUCAGUGCUAAAAUCAGUAGAGGGUAUCCUAACCUGUGCCGCAUAAUUGGCACUGCUGUUAGGAUGUUCCUGCAUUGGUGGCGUCCACUCAUUUCAUGGGGCAUAGAUAUGUACAUCAGAAAUGUAUGCCCCUAUAGUCCAAGAUGAACUUUUUAGACUGUAAGAAACAUCAUGGUCAUUUUCAGUCCUUUUUGCUAUCCCUGCCCUUUCAGGAAAUUGCUUUCUUUGAAAUUGAGAUGGCUCCAUUUCAGUUCAACUCAAUAAACUUUAUUUAUCCCCGAGGGCAAAUUCAUUGCUGGGCGUAUUAUCAAUCAAAAUCAAAAACAAACAGGACAGACGGGACAGUAUGCAUUCUAAGUAUUUGAGCAGUAUGCAUUCUAACUAGAAUGUCUGCAAUAAUUUGGAAUUUGUACUGCUUAAACGUUAAAGAGAUGUUUUGAAGAACUCUAUUUUUGAACUUUUAUGUGAAAAAGAAAACAAUGAACUAUGUGCCUUCUGUGAAGCCCACGAGAAACCACUGGGCUCUUGACUGAUGAAUUGUUAUUUUGGUUAAUUAACUCACACUUACUGUAACACCUCUCAAUAAAUGUAGUGUAUAUUUAGCAGAAAAUCUACUGUAACCCAUCCAGGAAAGCAGUUGUAGUUUGACUGUGUGUAUACAAAAAUACUACUUAAAAUGCUGCUAAUUGAGGUAAAAUACUCAUUUAAGUGAAAAGAGAAUAAUUGAAAUGAAACAGCAUGCUGUUUUGAUAGGAAGUCAAGCACUAUGGAAUGAUAGGUACCAGAAAAAGACUACAGUUUUUGGGGAUUCCCAAUACCGUAUCCAGCUGAGGCACUUGCUUUUUGUACAACGAUGCAUCCUAUCAUCUAGAUGAAAUCCUGGUCAUGCCAUUCCCAGCUGUAACAGAAAUUCCCAUUGAACCGUUGCAUAAUUGGCCAUAGAGUCACUCAACGAGGCCAGAUUUAAAUAUAAAUUCCGCUACUAGCAUAACCUAGCGGCAGAUUACAAUUUCAGUUAGCAGGAUAUUGCUCAUCUCGGUGCUCAGUAGUGACUUCUCAGGUUGAUCACAUGCCUAUGACCUGCCUGCCUCAGGUUUGCAGUCCUCUGUGAUGCAGGUCAGCUGCAUGCAUAUUGGAGGGUGCGCAAUCCAAUAUGUACCCUCAAGAGGGCGAUGCUGCUACAGGAAGUGUAUGCAAAUGUAAUUGGCCAAUCCAAAUUGUGACAGAAAAGAAGCAACAAAAAAAAGUAAAUUUUCAUAUGGUCUUCAUACGGAAUAUCACCAAGUGUGCAGAUUAAUAAUGCACAUGAUCAAUAAGCAAUCAACAAUUAUUCACAAUCUGCACAAAAACGUUAAUCGUAUGUGUAUUUUACACAAUGUGUCGUCACCAUGUCAUUUGUACAGCAGUCUGAUCAAAUAAAAACAUGAUUAUAAUUUACUGUCAGUAAUGUUAAUGUUAUAAUAGUGUUAUAACCUCCUGUGAAUGCAUUGGUCUGCAUUAUAAACACAACGACUGCUUUACUGAGCUAGUGUCCAGUAAAAUGGAAGACAUGUCUGGCCUAUUUUGUCUCAGCUUGCUUUGCAGUAUCUAGAAAUGGUUCAUGGAAGCAGUGAAAGUCCCCUGUGCCAGAAGCUGAAACGCAAUGCGGAGCAUUGCCGUAUCAACACUUCUGGGUGUUUCUCAAAGCUUUGCUGUGCUAUUUAUAUCACACAUGUUCCUCUUCCUGCAGUUUGCUGCAUUGUUGCCUAACACACACCCAGUCUUUAACACCUUUAACAUAACAUUUCUUUGCCUGAUUUUUUUUUUCAGAAAAAGGUCUGCUUUUAGCUUUGAGUUAUUCAUAAGCAAUUCAUCUUAUGUUGUUCACUUAUCAUAAGCAGUGAAGAUUCUCCCCAGAGGUUUGUUUGCCUUUGAUCUAUGUUCUUUUAGUGAAAGUCAUGUAUAUUAAAAGUUGCCGCUUUUGUCAGUUGGUUUUUGUUUGUGCAGGAAAAAUGACUGUUGAAGAUAUGUGUAAUGUUUACAUUUAUGUUAGUGCAAAAUGAUUCGCCAGUUCAAGUCCUCCUCUUCUUUAGACAGCAGUUUUUUUUUUUGUUUUGUUUUUUUGGAUAUAGCCUAACAACAGACGUACACUAGUGUAAGAACUAAGUUCAUUUUGUGUACUCUAUGGAUACCUGUUUGAACCCAAUCAAGGUACAUUUCAGAGCAGUUCAUUCUUUACUUUUUAUGGUUUUAAAAUAUUAUUUCAGUUUUUCUUUUUGGCCCCGACAGUAUUGUGGGCGAUGAAGGAUACUGUGGACAUUUACAGAAGUUUAUGGUGACCUGGUGGCUUCACAACAUAGCCGGGACAUGAGAAUUUGACAGUUUUGUGGUUUAAAGCAAGAAAUUAAUACUUGAAGCAGCUCUACAGCAAUGUUAUAUCUUCAGAGGUACAUGUGUAUAUUACCUUUUUUAUAUAUUAUUUCUGAUCUUUGUUUGAAACUAUUUCUUAUGAUGCAACCUGAGAACACUGAAGUUAAGGGAAGAAAUAGUCAGGCUUCCUAUAUUAACAGUACUAUACACGGGAGAAGUGCCUCAAAGCAAUAACAAAUUGAUAGCACUGAAAAUGAUUCCUGCUUGUGCAAUUCCAACUUGCUAGAAAAUAUUUUUGAAAACAUCUCCAUGCCACUUUCACCAACAAUAUUUAGACAACCCUGAUCUAUUGAAAAUGCGGCUAGUUGUCCUGAAGCCGGAUUUCAGCAUGCCAGUUAAACUUCUCUCUUCAAUCUCUUAGCCUCUAUCUGUUGCAGCUCCUUAUCCUCAUAAAUAAGCAAUGUAGCUGAACCUUUCUUCUGUUUCAAUCGGACAAAAUUUUAUAUUUUAAUAUUACGCAGUAGACAUGCAAGAACACAGGCAAGAGCUUGCACAGCCUAUGAACUGAGAAGGGACAACGUACUGGCAUGUAUGGAAAAAUAAUUUUUUGAUUAUAAUUGUGAAUAAAUUCUGUAAAAUUCUAAAGCAUGAAGUAGCUGUGCAAGCUGCUUUGUUGUUACUUGAACUGUGUUUCCUUGCUUUAAACCACAAACCCAUGAAGGCCCCCCAUACAACUCCUGAAAUUAAACUAUGCCUUUACACAUAUUGUUGAAAGCACUGUUCUAUAUGAUGUCCUGAAGUUCUCCCUGGGAAAAAUAAAGUUAUUCAAUUCUAUUUUCUAUGGCGUCUUCAAAGAUAAUAAUUAUGUGCUGUAAUGUAGAAGUGUCUGAGCUUGCUUUAAACAUGUACUGAUUUAAAGUUGUGUACAUGUCUUACUUAAAUGAGAAAUGUCUUAUUUUUAAAAAGAACAAAAUGAGCACUUUUAACAGAUUUUUCUGUACCAGACGUUGAUAACUAUUGAAGAAAUUUGUCUCUCAUAUUUAAAGAGAAAAAAAACUGGAUGAGAGAUCUAUUGUAAGAUGUCCAAUUUUCAGCUGAAAACCACCACCUAUAAAAUGUAAUCUUAACAUCUUUCAUUGCAUUUUUGUUUCCUAAUUUAUGUAUCUGAGGGAAAUUAUGAACCGCUCCAGUAGGUCCUAAUUCAAAUAAAAACAAUGAGACCCCCUCCUAAUGGUUUCUCUAUAGAAAAGAUAACACACUGUUGCCUUUGCCAGCUUGCACUUUGUGGCAACAUGUAAAUGAUAUAAAUAAUGCUAAUGUUUACAUUUCUAAUGAACAGAGUCACUGUCAGUACGUGAGGCCAUAUGCAUAGUAUCAGUGUUGCCUGUACAUACUUUUUGCGCAGUACUGGACGUUUUUUCUUUCAUUUUUUAGAUUCCUUUGUAUUAUCUAUAUGAAUGCCUUUUAUUAAUGUAAUAUAACAUUUUAAAAUGUUGUUAGAAUAAAAUAUUGUAAAUGAGAAAACAAAGAAA